UGUCGCGUUCUCCCGCCGCACCCGUGAAAAUUAGUUGCGCGAGAAAUCCACGCUAAUGUCGGCUAAUCGGCCGUAAUCAGCCGUGAGAACCGACGACUGUCGAGCCGACGAGCCAGCGAGGCGCGUCGGCGGAGGGAUCAGGAAGGAGGCGGGAGACCCUUUUCUUGAGGAUCAAUGUCGCGACUCGAUCGCCCGACGAUUGACGCGCGAUCGAGCGGACUCGCGUCGACGACAGCGUGAUCGUAUAUCCAAGGGGAAUCGUGAGUUCGCGACAGAUCCGAAAUGGAUGAGCAAGAGACCGAAGAGGAGCGAUCGGGGCAACCUGCCGCCGACGAGGAGCUGUACGACCCUUACUUACAUCGUGUCACUCACAAACCUGUCUCAGACUUCGGAUCUCUGGCAAAUUUGGUGAAAAGCGCGGCCGGAACGGGCUUGUUUGCCAUGCCAAACGCGUUCGCGUGCGUCGGGCUCUUACUCGGGAUCGUCGGCACGGCGCUCAUGGGACUACUGAUAACCGGCUCCCUCCAGUUGCUCGUUAGAAUUCACCAUUUGAUGUGCGCUCGUCUGAGGAGGCCUGUCCUGUUGUACGACGAGGUGGUCGUCGCCACUUUGACCGCGCGAAAACCGUGGCUCUCCCCGCGCGCUUCAACACUCAUUGUUGAUGUCGUGAUGCUGACGUGUUACAUCGGAAUCGGUUCCGUGUACGUCGUUUUCAUUUCCGGCACGAUACAAGAAUGCGUGGACAGUGAGAGAACGGUCGGUCAGAGUUACUAUGCUCUGGUGAUAUUUCCCUUUCUUUUCCUGAUGAAUAUGGCAAAGAACUUGUCGGACAUCACGCCGAUUUCCGUCGCCGGCAACAUCUUGCUUCUUGCCGCUGGAAUUAUCGGGAUCGUUUACGCGUUAAAAGACGGAAUUGGCGAUACGUGGACCACGAUUGAACCUAACGUGAACCUAUACCCCAAAUUUAUUGGCAUGGUGUUCUUCAGCAUGUGUUCGCCAGGAGUGAUACUGGCGAUAGAACACAGCAUGGAAAAGCCGUGGAAUUACACCAAACCCUGCGGAGUCUUGAAUUGGGGCAUGGUGUUCUUGGUCUUGACGCACAUCUUCGUCGGUGUCAUCGGUUACUUGAAGUGGGGCUCCGAGUCUCUCGGCAAUUUUAUUCGCAAUCAUCCGGAGAAUGACGGACCGACUACAGCGGCACUGGCGAUGCAAGCGCUGGCGAUAUACUUUACGUACGGGCUGCAAUGUUACGUGCCCAUUACGAUCUUGAAGAACAAUUACGUCAUGCCGGCGAUCGAAAGGGGCGUGUUGAACUAUUCGCCGUUUCUCUGGGACCUGAUCAUUCGUUUCCUCGUCACCUCUGUCAUGUGCGUCUUGGCGGCGGCGAUCCCGAAACUCGACCUGUUCACCGGUCUGGUCGGCGCGAUGUGCAUCUCCACUUUGACCACGUUAAUCCCGACCACCUUGUACAUCCUCGUGCAUUACGAGGAUUUCGGAAAAUUCAAGUGGAGACUGGUGCUAGGCGUUAUGAUGUUUUCCGUCGCUCUCAUCGCGGCCAUGUGCGCUAUGACGACCAAUCUGAUUCUAAUCGUGAGAUUUCUCAAGUACGGUUACGAUGUAUGA